AUGGCGAUGAUGUCGCGGAUUCAGAAGUUGGUUUUGGAUGGUGGUUGCUCCAAAUUGAUUCGUCCGCAUGUUUUACAACUCCGGUAUGCCCGAACGGAAGCGGGUCACCCGCCGCAUAACCGUCGGAGGUCCAAAUAUGCUCCGUCGAAUUUGCUGAACAAAGCUGACGCGGGGAAAUCUGAGUGGUGGGUAGUCGACGGCGAGAUGCACGAGAUCGGCGAGAAUGUUCCGCCCCGUGAAAGGUUUGUAAUCCCUCGAGAGAAUCUUCCCAACAAGCGUCGUAAGCAGCUCCGGGAACAAUUCAUGCGCCGCACUCGCCUCGUUCUAAAAGAAUCAGUCAGUUCUGCUCGUUUUCCUUUAGAGCAUGAACCAUGGUGUAAAAAGUAUAUUGAACUGUAUAAUGAGCUUAGGGAGAACUGGGAGAGGCUAUAUUGGGACGAGGGUUACUCCAAAAAACUUGCUCAAGAUCAUGCCAACUAUGAUUCAGCCGAAGAUGAUGAUGCAGAUUUUAAUCCUUACAGGAGAAGACAGAACCGGCCUGAGCAGUUUCAGGACCAGGGUAUGGGGAGAAACAGGGAAGGAGAAACAUGGCAAAAUGCUAAUCAAUUUCGUGGAGAUACUUGGCAAAAGGCCAGUCAGAUUCGCGAUAAGUUUGAACAUGAUCGUGGACAAAGAAUGAGAGAGAAAGCUUUUGCUCCUAUGAAUGGAGGAAAUGAUUUCGGCAUGGACGAUUUUUCAUCCAGGAAUCAGCCAUUCAAUCCUCAGAGAUACAUAUCUGAGAGCGAGAGUGACUGA